AUGCUCUCCUCGCAAACCACAUCAGCAGUCCUUGGUCGGGUGGCCUUGCGAAGGACGCUUCUCUUGCAAACACCGUCACGGCUGGCUUGCCCUACACGGGCGCUCUCCUUCUUUCCACGACCGCUUCGCCGUAUCCAAAGUGGCCUCCUUGCGCCAAACUUGUACCGAGAAACCUCCUCCAAGUCUUUUGCAUCGCGCAAAUCGCAAGCUUCCAUGCAACCAGACAACGAAACCCGAAUACGCACGAGUACUGGGUCGACUUCCGAGGUCACGAAAGCAUCCAAUCCCUCGUCUAAUCCGACUCUGCACGAAGACAUAUAUACUUUGCCGAAUAUCCUCACCUUUUCCAGGCUGCUGGCGGCGCCGUUUAUUGGAUACUUUGUUUUGCACGAUUCGCAUGCUUGGGCGGCUGGAAUGCUGACGUAUGCUGGUGUGACCGAUCUUCUGGACGGUUGGAUUGCACGACGAUGGAACCGCAAGACGGUUGUGGGAACGGUCAUUGACCCAAUGGCUGACAAAGUGCUCAUGACGGUCUUGACAGUGUGUCUCGCUGUUAAGGGGGCGUUACCAGUUUGGGUGGCAAGCAUCAUUCUCGGUAGAGAUGUCGGGCUCGGCAUUGCGGCCAUUUACUACCGCUGGAUAUCGCUUCCGCCCCCGAAAACCUUUGCACGAUACUGGGACUUUUCCCUACCCUCUGCGGAGGUCCGUCCCACGACGAUUAGCAAGUAUAAUACUUUUCUGCAGCUGGCCCUUGUCGGUGUGACAACCGCAGCGCCGCUCGUGCCGCUAGACUUGUCACAGGCUUUGAUGAUGAUGCAAUACGUUGUAGCGGCGACGACGAUUUGGAGCGGCGCAAGUUAUGUGUAUACCAAAGAUGCUGUCAAGAUAUUAAGCGCACCCAAUAAGCAGAAACCCAAGCAAUAA